CUAUUUGCUAACAAACUAAUAGCUCCCGUUCGUUGCUUCCCAAAGAGCAUGACGUGACGUCCAACCAGUGUCACUGCCUUAUCUGCACCCAGCUUGUUCAAUAAGGCAGGCACGGCGUUAUCUUUUUGCGACCACCCGAUUUUUCUGCUUCUGGCGCCUCUUUAACUCAAUUCUUUUCCGAAACUCUGAAUAGCUCCCACUUUUUGCUUCUUACAAGGCACUUUGAUCGCAACAACACAUACACCAACACAUCACACAAUUCAAUCACCAUGGCAAAGGGGAUCUCGGUCCUCAAAUUCGUGGGCACCGUGUCCCUCGGGCUGUUGACGGGCGUCUCGUAUACCGUCUCAGCCGUCACUCUCCCAACUCUCCUCCAGCUCCCCUCGUCGUCUUCCGCCGCUCACGCCUUGACCUCACUGCAAUCCUCGCUGCGUCUUCCCGUCCUCGCUCUUUCAUCACUGGCCGCUGCCCCGCUCUUCCUGUCGUUCGUCUGCUCCCCGCGCUAUGCUCGCCACCCGUACCUGUUCUAUACGUCCAUUCUGGCUGUGCUGUCGGUUGUAGUGCCCGGAUACCUUCCCCAGCCGGCUGCAACAGCUUCGAAGCCUACCAGCGCACGCAAGGCCACCUCAUCUAGAGCCCGGAUGGAAGCGAGCUAUGAGGUCUUGGGCGAUUCGCACAGUGAGGGAGACCUGCCCAGCGAGUCUGAGCUGGAGGAUGUGAAUGGCGAGGAGGUCAGAGCCAAUGUUGAGGGUGCUGCGAGGGCAUAUUUCGUCAAGACCGGCUUUGCUGCCGCCGCCUUUGUGCUGUCUGUGGUUGGACUUUGGGGCGAUGGUGCUCCCCGAACUGUCCGUUACUAUUAGGUCGUGAGCUGGCUCGUGUAACCUUGUACAGUAAGAUGAUUUUGGGCUGCGGAUCCGAUUGGCCGGCCUUGUCAGUGGGCUAGAUUGGAAAUAUGUAACAUGUUGGAAAGUAUUCCUUGCGUGGAGAGCGAGGUUGGUUUCACCACUCUCUCAUCAAGUUUGUCAUGCGAAAACGAAAAGAAAUCACAUUGUUCAAAUAUCUCAAUAUCAAUAUAUAGUAGUUUACGUCUUUACGAUCUUAUUGUCUAUUCGUCCUUCAUGGCCGUCGUUAUUUUAUUCUACUCAUAUAGCUAAGUCUAUACUGUCAAGUGGAGGUCAGAAAAAGCAAGACCGC